CGGAGAAAGGAUGUAGACUCGGUACGGGGAGGCACCUUUCACCGGUUACCGGGAGCGUACGGCUAUGCGCCAGCGAUCGUCGGUCACGAUUCGCGACACCUCCGGCAUCCGCUCGAGCGCCCAUGGCUCUAUGGAGUCAGUGUUGCCGCGCAAACGUCUAACUAGUGCCUCCACGUUCACGUCGAAAAGCAACGGCAACGGUAGUACGCAGUACGGUGCAGCAACAGUAGCACUAACGCCACCACCAGCACACUACCGGCCGGCGGUUACCGGCGGUGUUAUGAAUGAUCAGUCUCGGUGCGACAGUCGGACAUCGCACCAGAGCCUUAGCAGCAGUAUCGUCAGCAGCAGCAGCAGUAACAGUGCGCGAACACUCAAGCAUAGCGUGGUGAAGUCAGUGGAACAGCGCGUGCGGAGUAAGAUUAGUCCCGGGGCGGAAAACGCUGUCAGCUCCACAUCAACGCCGGGCACCUCGCAGAGAGUGGGUGCGGGUUCGUCGUCAUCGCAGAGCAGUGCAGCCCGGACACUAGCCACAGCCGAACCGGAUAACCUUUCCAGCUAUCGACGGUACAGCAGCUGCACGGCCGGGCUGAAAGAAUCUAGCAAGUGUCCCACACCGGGUUGCGUUGGGUUAGGCCACGUCACCGGACUCUACUCACAUCAUCGCAGCCUGUCCGGAUGUCCGCGGCGUGAUAAAGUAUCGUCUGAAUUACUAGCGCUUCACGAAACGAUACUCAAAUGUCCUACACCGGGUUGUAACGGUCGAGGACACGUCAGUGCCGGGCGCAACUCGCAUCGCAGCCUCUCGGGAUGUCCCAAGGCAGCCGCUAGUAAGGCCGCAGCUCGUGAACUCAAAUACCAGAAUGGUUUACUCUUUCGCCAGAAGUUACAUACGGCAGUACUAAACUAUCAACAAUUGGGUGACUACCAUUCUGCAUUAGCUGUGUCGGCGGAUGACGUAGCGCCCCGUGACAUUACGGCAAACCGUCAGCUUACGCUGCAAACCAUUCAAUCGACUGAACCUGCUAGAGUAAGACAGCAGCUGCCCGCGGCCCAAAGUCGCCCGGGGAAGGAUCUUAGCAGUAAGCAUAUCAUAUCGCACGAUUCGAACAGCGAUUCGUCAACCGAAGCGGACACAAACGCUGAACUGAUCCCAAGACCAGUCAUUAAAACUGAGCAACAGGACGAACCGGUUCUAUCGUCUGGUGAGGCUACCGCUCACCAACACUCGUCAGACGCACGCAGCACCAAGAUGCUCGAGAGUAGCUACGGUAGGGAGCAGGAUCUCGCCCGGUACGGGCAGAUAGGUGAUACGCGACAGCAACAGUAUACGACAGCACACUACGACACGAGUCAAACGCUUCCAGCCGGCUCGUACGAUCUCGGUUCCUACACAUCCCGUGCAUACGAUACGGGAGCCUUCGAGCGGUACGACACCGCUAGCUAUGGCAUGCAGAAGAGCUUCAUGUACGGCUCCGUUUAUCAGCCGGUACAGUCCACCCUCGAUGACUACUCCGUUGCGGUAGGUCUGUCCGGCACCGGGGUUGGUCCGGCAGGAGUACCGGGGCAAACGCCACCGGUAGCGGGUCUGUCUGGUGCAACGGUUCAGCAUCAAGAGUCCAUGUUGCCACCGGCGGGACCGCCAUUGCUGAAGGUCGAGAUGCCGGACGAUAACAACUCCACCACCGAACCUAUCUACCCGCGACCCGUCUAUCACUACGAACCAUCGUGCGGCGCUAGUCCUGUCCAUCCGCCCGGCUACUCAGCGAUCAAUCUAAGCGUUAAGGUAACCUCGAGUGAUGGUGCACUACGUGGUGGUAUCGGAUCGCCGGGCAACACACCGACAAACGGUACAUCCGAACGGCAACCCGUUGUGGAUCUCUCGUCGAACGGUGUUUCCUCUUCCAAUGGGCAGCUUACUGCGGACGGCGGAAAAAGUGAGGCCGAGACGCAACUGAGCCCAAAGCCUGGAACAAGCCCGAACCACAUCAAAGCAAACAGUCCACACAUACCGAGCCCGCAGGGCCAUACGCUUGAUCUGAGCGUUAGUCGACUACCGAACAGCUCAACAAGUCCACAGUAUCACCAGGACACGGCAACAGCUGCAACGAACGCUCGAUCACCUCCAACAGAACCGGUAGACUUUAGUGGUCCACCGAGACCGCUGAGCUUUGGCUUUAUGGGACCACCAGGUCCUGGAUAUAGCCGGGAAUCGACACCGGACAGUGCUGCCUCGCAUUAUCUCGAUGGAUAUCGGGAUCAUACUGGCUACAGCCCACAUCCUGGCUACGGGAUGGUAGAGUACGCAAACGGCUAUCCUGGCUAUGGUGCCAACUACCAAGCAUGCCCACCGUACGGUGCUUCCCUCGGUCCGUACUCAUCCGUACCCGGCGCUGGUUACUCGUCUGCCGGUUCCUGUUACGCGAUGCCACCACCAUCGCACAUACCCUCCCACGACAAGCUACUAAAGGAUGGCUUGUCUGGACUUUCGCGCACCGAUAGACAAUAUCACACCAACACGCAGGAGCUCAAGUGUCCAACGCCCGGGUGCGAUGGUUCGGGGCACGCGACCGGUAACUAUUCCUCACACCGCAGUCUGUCCGGUUGCCCGCGGGCAACCAAACCCAAGAGUAAACCUCGCGACGGUCAAGAGUCGGAACCGCUGAGAUGUCCCAUUCCUGGUUGUGACGGGUCGGGACAUUCGACGGGGAAGUUUCUCUCGCAUCGAAGUGCGUCCGGAUGUCCGAUUGCGAACAGGAAUCGUAUGCGUGUUAUGGAUACCGGAGGUCCAACGUCAGCCGACCUUCAGCCACAGCACUCGGCCAAGCUUAACUCGAUGAAGUUUGAUGGUGUAUCGAACACGAACGGUUGUGAUGCGCUAACAAACUCACUUGGUCAGGGCAUUAAGAAGGCAAAAUACUCCGAGGAUCAUCUGACCGAUGGCUAUGGGAAACCUUAUUCAGCGAUGUCAGACAUGGUGAUGACACACUCGCCAGAUCACGAUACGCGCAACAGUGGCAAUCCUUCCAACGUACCGAAUGGCACCGUUGGCCCGUCGCAGGAAACGAUACCGCCCGGUUCCUCAAUGUCGCUGUCCCACCUUCGAACCACCGCCAGCAAUGGUAGCGUGUUGUCGCGCAUGCAGGACCCGAACGUACCGGACGCACCGGCAGCGGAACAGCGUCGCGUCGUUAGUGGUGGUGAUGGUACGGCGGGCGUUGGCGGCAGUGGCGAACGCGGUGGUGCUGGUGGGUCAUCCGGAGCCGGCGAAGACCUGCUGUCGCUCGAGGCAGAAAUAUCCGAGCUGCAGCGGGAGAAUGCUCGCGUCGAGUCACAGAUGCUCCGGCUGAAGACCGACAUUACCGCAAUGGAGACGCAGCUUAGCCACGCCGAACGGGAAAACGAGACAAGUACCGCUCGUGGCCACGUAACGGGCUACUACGAUCAUCUGCGUAAUAACGUCAUAACCAUGCUCGAGCACGUCAAGAUCCCUCCGGCUGCCGUUGCGGGAUGUGACAAUGGGGAAGCUUCUAGGCUUCACGGUAGUAACGAUAAGAACAACAACAACACCACCACGAAUGGCAGUAGUAAGCAUCUCCUCCCCGAAGGUGAUGGUGAUGGUAAUAACAACAGCAGAAGUCACAGUACCACGCAAGAGCCCGCUCUACCAUCCGCCCACGGACAGAUCUGCUGCGGUGGACUGCCGACCACGAAUAAGCGGGUCGGCGAUGAGCUGCAGUCCACCGGUGGCGUUGGUGAUCAUCCGGACAUCCCGCAUACGCCGGACAAUCGUGCGCGCGAGUCGGUGGAGGACGCACCGUACGAUAACUACCUGUCCAAGUUGCAAUCCCUCUGCUCGUCCCAGCCGCUCACCUCGUCCACUACCUCCCUCGCUUCGUCUACCGCGUCCGCGUCCUCGGUUGACGCGUCCAACACCUACACCACGGUUGUGUCGGCGUGCAGUCCAAUGGUAACGCCCCAGCACCAUCAUCACCAUCACCAUCAGCAUCAUCACCUGCACUCGCACCAUCAUCUCGGACAUCUGGCACCGCCGGGCGGUUCGGGUUCGUCCGUUCCGGUCGGACCGCCAGCAUCCGCCAUGAUGGCACCGCACCACUAUCAGCCCCAACCAGCGUCCCACCCGAUGCACCAUCUGUACGAAGGGAAUGGUCCGAUCUACACCAACCUGGGGCCGGCAGCUGACACACACCCACUCUACGACACGAUGAAGCUGCCGAGCGCUGGCAGCAGUGGGGAAGCAUUCAUGGGGAUGGCUCUGCCAGCACCGAUAUAA